AAUGGCAAGGUUUUUGCUUGCUAUAUCUCAAGAACCAAUUGAUUAAGAGUCAAAAGAACAGUGAAUUGUGCUUAUGGCCAAUAUGUCAGUGGCACCAAUUCAGGUGAUUAAUGUCCAGGUGAAUGGAGUGAAAUACAGCAUUUCAAAUACAAGCCCAAAUACGUCUUUAAAUGAAUGGCUGAGAUCUCAACCUUGCUUGAAAGGAACCAAGGUGACAUGUCAGGAAGGCGGUUGUGGGUCAUGUAUUGUGGCCUUAACGAAACAAGAUCUUGUCACCAACAAACAAAAGACAAUCGCUGUCAAUAGUUGUUUAUUUCCACUUUUUGCCGCAGAUGGAUUUAAGAUUACAACAACUGAAGGGAUAGGCAGCAGUCGAAAUGGCUUCCACGCAAUCCAGGAACGUAUUGCUGAAUACAAUGGCAGCCAGUGUGGUUACUGUACUCCAGGAUUCGUCAUGAAUAUGUACAGCUUACUUUCGGAAAAUUCUCAACCAAGCAAACAAGAAAUUGAGGAUGGUUUUGAUGGAAAUCUUUGCCGUUGUACUGGUUUCCGUUCCAUUCUGGAUGCUAUGAAGUCGUUCGCAAAAGGAGAAAGCCCCAUUGACAUAGAGGACUUAAGUCAACGCUCUAGCAAAGGAAAUUGCUGCGAAGAGACGAAAGCUUGUCAUGGCUGUUGUUUCAAUAUGAGGGAGUUGUCAAGCCCGCUGUGGUAUAAGCCUUCGUCCCUCAGUGACGUUUAUAACAUUCUGAAAGAACAUAUUUCGGACUCUGUGAGGCUGGUGGGUGGAAACACUGGAAAAGGGGUGUACAAAAAUGACGGUGAUUUCAAUGUUUACAUAAGUGUGACGGAUAUUCCUGAAUUAAAUAUUGUUAAGGUGACUGAUUCUACCCUGGAACUUGGUGCUUCCCUGUCGCUCAACACUCUUAUCCGAGAAUUGUUACAGAAUUCCGAGAAAUCAAAGUCAUUUGAUGUUCUUGCAUCUCAUAUAAAAAAGAUCGCCAAUGUUGCAGUAAGAAAUGUCGGUUGUUGGGCUGGUAAUCUCAUGUUGCUUCAUAAACAUCGAGAAUUUCCUUCGGACAUAUUUACAAUUACGUCGGCAGUUGGUGCCACUUUGAAUAUAGGUUCUGUCGAUGGCUCCGCUAACAUCUACACAAUGGAGGAAUUUUUAUCGCUUGGUAUGCAAAACAAGGUGAUUAUCAGUAUCAUGGUCCCGUUUUCUCGCGCAGGUGAAGUUGUAAAGUCUUUUAAGAUAAUGCCAAGACAUCAGAAUGCACAUGCGUAUGUAAACGCUGGGCUCAGAGUCUUAAUUGAUUCCAGUCAAACCGUGCGCGGAGUGCCGAGUUUUGUUUUUGGCGGAAUAAAGAAUUCGCCGAUGCGGGCAAGCGCAACAGAACAGUAUCUUUCCGAAAAGAAUCUCUGGGACUUUGAAACAUUGAAAGGUUGUUUAAAUUUAUUGAAUAAGGAAAUUGUACCGGAAUCGUCUUUACUGAAGGCGAGUAUGGAGUACCGCAAGAGUUUAGCUGUCAGUCUGUUUUACAAGUUGUACCUCGCACUGCUUGGUGACAAAGCGAAUGAAAGAUUUAGGUCAGCCGCAGUGCCUUUCGUACGGCCAAUCUCUUCCGGACAACAAAGUUAUGAUACAACUGCAAAUGACUACCCAGUGACUCAACCAAUUCCGAAGAUGUCGGCGAAAUUACAGGCUUCGGGAGAGGCACAGUUCACCGAUGAUAUACCAAAACGUCUAGGAGAGGUUUAUGGCGCCUUCGUAACCACAGCAAAGGGUAACUGUAAAAUUGCAAGCAUUGACCCGUCUGAAGCUACGAACAUGCCUGGUGUGCUGAAAUUUAUCACGGCAAAAGACAUACCGGGCGAGAACAAUUUCGUUGGGGCUUUUAAUUUUGACACGAAAGAAACGAUAUUUUGUGACGAGGAUGUUGGCUAUGCAGGACAGGGUGUCGGGGUUAUUAUUGCAGUAAGUCAAAGCUUGGCAGACGAGGCAGCAGAGAAGGUUAAAAUUACAUACACGGAUUGCAAACCACCAAUAAUCACUAUAGACGAUGCAGUUAGGGCCCAGUCUUUCAUUUCGGAAAAAAUUGUCCGCAACAUUUACGGCGACCCUGAUGCCUUCAUGGCAGCUUCUGCGCAUGUCAUAAGUGGCGAGAUCAGACUUGGGACUCAGCAUCAUCUCCAUAUGGAAACACACAUAUGUUUGUGCAUCCCCGGCGAGGAAGAGAUGGAAGUGUAUUCUGCAGCGCAAUUCACAGAUAAUACUCAAAAAGCUGUCGCCCAAGUUUUAAAUAUGCCCCAGAAAAGUGUUCACGUGACAUGCAGACGAUGCGGAGGUGCUUUCGGUGGAAAGGCUAUUCGUGAGGGAGUUAAUUCGGCAGCAUGUGCUGUCGCUGCUUACGUCAUGAACAGACCAGUUCGUUUAAGAAUGAACCUUAAAACCAACAUGACAAUGGUUGGAAAAAGAUUUCCUUACCUGGCAAAAUACAAGGUUGGCGUUACGGACGAGGGGAUAUUAAACGCUGUUGAUAUCACCUUAUAUACAGGGUGUGGUCUAGCAGCUACUGAGAUAUCGAUAACCAACAUGGCGGCAUACAUUGACAAUGUAUAUUAUUGUGAAAACUGGAAAUUUCAUGGCGUACCAUGCAAGACAAACACUGCAACAAAUGCCUUCACACGUGCACCAAGAACAAUGCCAGCGAUUUUUGUCACCGAGACAAUGAUGAAUCACGUGGCAAAAGUGCUAAACAAAAGCCCGGAUGAAAUACGGCAAAUCAACUUCUACAAACAAGGACAGAUAACAUAUUAUAAACAGCCUCUAGAAUACUGCAACAUCUCAAAAAUAUGGCAAGACCUCAAAGAGUCAAGUGAAUUUGAUAGAAGAAAAAGAGAAAUUGCGAAAUUUAACAAAGAGAACCGUUGGCGUAAACGUGGCAUUAGUCUCGUCCCGUUGAGAUAUGGCAUAACACGGGCACCGGGAAGUCGAUUUACUGCAUACGUUGCAAUAUUUCGCAAAGAUGGAACAGUUUCGAUAUCACAUGCAGGAAUCGAAAUGGGUCAGGGUAUCAAUACCAAGGCCUGUCAAGUUGCAGCAUACACUCUUGGUCAUGGACUGAAAGUUGAUCAAAUAUCUGUCAGACCUGCCACGAGUUUUAUGAAUCCCAAUGGUGCUGCAUCGUGGGCCAGCAUGACCAGUGAGUUAUGCUGCGAGGCAGUUGCAAAUUGCUGUUCUGCUCUGAAGAAGAGGAUAGAGCCGGUUGCAAAAGACAUGCCAAACAGUUCAACAUGGGUUGAAAUUAUCGAGAAGUGUUUUGAAGUUGGCGUAGAUUUAUCCGCAAAGCACAUGGUGUUUCCUCGGAAGAGUCACCAAUUCAACUACAACGUCUACGCCAGUACAUGUACUGAGGUAGAGAUCGAUGUUCUUACCGGAGAAACAGAGAUACUCAGGACGGACAUACUAUAUGACUGUGGAAAAAGCACAAACCCGGAGAUUGAUAUUGGUCAAGUCGAGGGUGCGUUUGUCAUGGGCCUUGGUUAUUGGCUGACAGAGAAUGCAAUUUAUGAGCCAACCACAGGACUUCAACUAAACACGGGGACCUGGGAUUAUUAUCCCCCGUUUUCCAAGGAUAUUCCAAUAGAUUUCCGUGUGUCACUUCUCAAAGAAGCCUCAAACCAUUUAGGAUUUCUCCGCUCAAAAGCGGUUGGUGAACCACCCCUCUGUAUGUCAUGUUCUUGUCUGUUUGCCGUACAAGACGCCAUUUAUCACGCUCGAGAAGAAAUCGGCAAAGACAAGGAUUACUUUGCCCUUGAUGGACCAGCAACAGUCGAAGCCACGCAGUUGAAAUGCUUGGUGGAUCCUGAACAAUUUCUAUUUUGAUGUGAGAAAAACUAGCUGACGUUUGAUAUAAUUUAAAAUGCCAAAUCUUACACUAUUAGUGAUUAAGCAUGAUUGUAGACCAUUUGAUAAACUGCUGCAAUCAAAGUAUAUUUGCUCUAGUAAUACUGGGUUAGAUAAUUAAAUAACCGGGUUUGCUCGCCUUGAACUGAAAUUAAUAAACUCCCAAGACUUUCCAAGUCCUUUUUUUGUGCAUGUCUUUCGCGGAGUUCUCUAGGCCUAUAUUCGGAGUUGCUCCCAAUCACAACCGAAGAUUAAAGAAAUUCCAACAAGGUGGAAUUUCGUUUUAAGCUAAUAGACAUACACCGAUACACGGCCAAAAAUUUAUCAGGUUGUCGCAUCAGGGGUGAACAAUGUUGUGCUGCACCCUGGGAACAGU